CGCCGCGCCCGCCGCGCCGCGCACCGGAUGAUGCCCCCGCGGGGGGCGGUGGGCUCCUGCCGCCGGCGGCGCCUGGCGCCCCUCAACGAGGACAACGGGCGGUUCCUGCUGCUGGCCGCCCUCAUCGCGGCGUACCUGAGCGCCGGCGCCACCGUCUUCUCGGCCCUCGAGAGCCCGUCGGAGGCGGCGGCGCAGCUCCGCUGGAACCGGACCCUGCACAACUUCAGCCGCAUCUUCAACAUCAGCCUGCCGGAGCUGCGCGCCUUCCUGCGGAGCUACGAGGCGGCCAUGGCCGCGGGCAUCCGCGUCGACGCCCUGCGGCCCCGCUGGGACUUCCCCGGCGCCUUCUACUUCGUGGGCACCGUCGUCUCCACCAUAGGUUUUGGAAUGACCACACCAGCAACCGUGGCUGGAAAAGUGUUCCUCAUCGUUUAUGGCCUUUUUGGGUGUGCUGGGACUAUCCUCUUCUUCAACCUCUUCUUGGAGCGCAUCAUCUCCCUCCUGGCAUUUAUCAUGAAGGCGUGCUACGAGAGGCAGCUGCGAAGGAGUGGUCUCCUACCUCCCAACUUCCGAAGGGGGCCAGCCGUGUCCGGGGUGGGCAGCCUGGUGGGCUGGAAGCCAUCCGUUUACCACGUGAUGCUGAUCCUGGGAAUUUUUGCUAUCGCCCUUUCCUGCUGCGCCUCCGCCAUGUACACGGCAGUGGAAGGAUGGAACUACAUUGAUUCCUUGUAUUAUUGCUUUGUCACCUUCAGCACCAUCGGCUUUGGAGAUUUGGUAAGCAACCAAAACGCUGUGUACCAACAUCAGGGAUUAUACAGAUUCGGGAACUUCAUGUUUAUAUUAAUGGGAGUAUGUUGCAUAUACUCCCUUUUUAAUGUCAUCUCAAUCGUAAUCAAACAAAUUUUGAACUGGGUGUUGAAAAAAUUCGAAUGCAGAUGUUGCCCAAAGUGCCAUAAAUCCAGUACCCGCCUCAGCCGUCGCAACGCCAUCACCCCAGGAGCCCGCCUGCGCCGCCACAACGUCGCCAUGGACGCUGAUGGACAGUACGACAGUGACACCGAGGGCAGGAGGCUCUCGGGAGAGAUGAUCUCCAUGAGGGAGCUCACGGCGUCCAGUAAAGUCUCCCUGGCCAUUCUGCAGAAGCAGUUGUCCGAGACAGCCAACGGCUACCCGAGGAACGUCUGCAUCAAUACGAGACAGAACGGUUUCUCUGCGGGGGUGGGGGCUCUGGCCAUCAUGAACAACCGCUUGGCAGAAACAAGUGAUUCUAGGUAGAGUUUUUGGAAUUCUGUUUGUUUCUUAUAUAAAAAUAAAAUGGCGGUUAGGGUGGAGUUACCGCUGCAAGCUACUGGAAAGUUUUACAUUUCAGAGACAGCCUUGGUAUUCAUUGGGUGUUCCAGCAUUUUACUUUCUGGGGGUUUUAUAAGUUUUCUCUAAUAUGCAGUGAGAUCUUUACCAUUAUGUUACAGUUUUCCCCUAAGGGGGUUUUAAAUGAGACUUGGAUGUCUUUGAUGCAGAAUCUGGUGCAAUUUCAGAAGGAUGGUGUGCAUGGCUAGGAUGGUGUCAAAACCAACAUGUUCUUCAGAGCAGCGCCUGAACCCAAACUCUGUGUUAAAAGGCAUAAAGCAGGCAAGUUGUGCUCCAGAUUCAAACAUGGGGUUGGUAAGUUUUGGCUAACCAGUAUCUCCCAGUUUGCUGAAGUCUGGAUCUGGUCCUGAGCCUUGUACUCAAUGCUCUUCAGCGGUUCCUCGUAGCGGGCCUGUGUAUGACAUACACGUAGGUGACUGUCGUCACACCAGAUUUAGGGUGGCUGUGCUUCACUUCAGUAAUCCCACUGACCUCAGUGGCAGAGGAUGGAAUGGGCUGAACUCCCCUCCUAGAAAUGAUGGGGUUUAACCAGGCUUGUCUGGAAGAACAUCUGCCACCUAGCCCUUAAAAGUCAGGGGAUUAUCAAGGACCGUGUUAAAGUGUGCAGAACUGUUCCUACCUACUGAAUAACAGAAAACAGGCAAUUGUCAUCCUCAGAACUAACUUUGUUUCAUACAAGAGAAGCUGGUAUGCACCUCUGGUGUGAAAUGUUUGCAUCACCACAAAAAUGCUUACUUCCUUACUUUCUCAUUGAAAGUCACUAAAAUGAAUGUAGGCUCUCUGUUGUCCUAAAUUUGCAUCUUCUGCAGUGUUGUUGCAGAGAUUCAUGCAAAUCAUCUCCUUGCGAUUCUCUGAGGGGCCCAGCCCUGUAGUUGUUUCCCACAAAUCUGACUGUGCAGGUUGUACAGAAGGAGAGCAUUGCUUUGGAGUUCCCCCAGAAGCUGGCUUCCCCCAAAAUGUUGACACCAAGUCAUUAAGUGGCCUUUGGCUGUUGCUGCUACCAUCUUAAGCCAUAUUAAACCUGUGCUAGCCCAAACCACUGAAGAGCCAAAAGCAAACCUGGUCUAGAGUGUGUAGUUUAGCAUGACAACUGGGUGCAGAGCAUUUGCUGCAAACCUCUUUCAAAAAUGCAUGCACAGCUCUAGAUCAUUUCUCUAAAUUCUCUCUACUAUACUGUGAAGAUAAUAAAAAAGCUUCUGCUGAUUCCAAGCAAGUAAUAAAACUUAAGCUUGUAUUCUGAGAAGCCUUCUCUUGGAAACUUACUGGAAAAUUGUAGGCAAAACCAUUAGUAGUAGGUUGGUCACUGAAUAAAUUGAACAAGCUGAUGAACAAAAACUAGGAAUAUUAGAAAUGUUUGAAAAUAUCUCCAUGAAGUUUUAUAUAGAUAUUUUACUCUAUUUACUUUGUUUUGCAUGGGUUUGGAGUAGCCAUCAUUUUUGCUUUCUUUUAAAUUUGUAGCAGGGCAAAAUGUUUUGGAAUUUACCCUUGGAAAACCAACUUUAAAUUUGAGAUUUUGCACACCUGAGCCUGCUAGCUGAAUUAUGGCGAGGAAUGUAUCUUUUUUUCCUGAUGAAAAGAAAUCAGAGCUGCAGAUAAACCAUCACACAUGGGUCUGUAUCACGCUGUAAAUGUCACAGCUUUUGUCAAAAUGUGUUUGGCCAGAAACAAGCAGUGAUGAUUGUAAUGUGUUUCCAGCUGGCACAGACUCACGCUUAAGGUUCUGUGGUAUGGUAGGGGCUGCAUUCAAGAGGCAGGAGCUUUCUUGGUGGUAGAGAAAGUCCAUCUGUCCCAGUGCCUUCCUGUCUGUGCACUCCUCCUCUUUAAGGAGGCAGGAAGAGGUGUUUGGUGCUCCUUUUGAAGGCCACUGAAGGAUAAAUUUAGGCAGGAUGUACAGGGAAAGGUCACGGUCUGGAAAAGACUCUGACUGCUGGAAGACCCAGUUCAGGCAGAUGCCUUCCAGAGAUGCAAGGGAAACUGCACAGGCAGGGAACCAAAAGAAUGAAAAUUUGUUAUUUCCCCUUGGGAUUACGUCCACAGGUAAAUCUCUUAGUAUGAUGAUUUAUGUGUUUGUUUAUUAAAAGUGUGAAUGGGACCCUGCUCUUUUUUUGCAGCUCAACCUCUCUUAAGGUUGUAUCUUGGUGUAUUUGUCAUCAUGGAGACUAUUACUCAUUAGAACUAUUACAUAAAUAAGGGUAGACAGGUUCUGUCCCAAGGGACUUAGGAAUUUGAACUGAUAGGGCUCCAAGCCACAGCAGAAUUACCUGUUUAUUAUUUUGCUCAUAAAAGCAUGCUCAAAUGUAUCAACAUUCUGUGAGCUCAAGAACUCUUAUUUUUAUGGUAGCAAAUUUGCAAAUUUUUUUUCAGUGAGUUGUUUUAAAGGAUAAAUAUUAUAACCAUGAUUAGGAUCCUUUUUAAACUGUAAAUUUGUGAAUUGUUUUCAAACUUCUUAUUCCAGCCUGGAAAAUGCAGUGAAAUAAUACGAAAUUGUACAUACCUCCUCUGUACUUUUCCUGAGUCCAGGCAAAGGCAGACACACAGCCUGUUGUAACAUGAUUGAAAUGCUUCCAAGUCUUUCUGGUACCAUCAGUCACAGCGGUGCCUUUGCAGGACCCUUUGCAGUUCCUGUUAACUCCAGAGGAAGUUGGACCAGCUCCUGGAGCUGGGCAUCUCAAGGAAUUUGGGCAUCAGGUUGCUGCUCUGUUCACUUAGAUCUAAUGUUUACUUACACCCAAGGUCCUUGAUAAUCUCCAUUCUGCUUCCCUCCAGCCUCAGAGGAAGUGCAUGCACAGUUAUUUACCAGUGGCCCUGUUGCUUGCAGGUGUCAUAUCCCCAGAUGGUGACAAAAGUCAACCACAGGGACCGCCAGGUCAUAUCUAAGUCCUGUAAAAAUCCCCAAACCCAUCUGGCUCAGCAAAGCUCAGUUUAUAGGAAGGUCAGAGCACAGUUACUGACCUGGGUCUCACUGGGAAGCAUCUGCUGAAGGGUGGCCUUACAGUUCCCUCAUAUUCAGUAGCAGAGGUAUUUUUCAAGGACGCAUGGAAACCCAGCUCCAAAUCUCUACUCUUCAACCUGCCAGCCCUACCUGGGCACCCAUCACCCCUGUGCAUGAAAACAUGAGCCAAGAGGACAUAGGAGGUUUGAGAUCAGUCUUUCCUAGUCCCUUGUGCUCUUCCUUUAGCUUUUUUUUUUAAUGACAACCCCUCUUUGAACUUGCCAGGCUUGGGCACCUGACUCCUCUUCCAUUGUGUGUGGAUUCCCCAGGGCAGCCUGCUCCAUUGGUGAAUUAACCCCUAAACGUGCACCAGUUGCACCAAGUGCAAUUCCUCCUGGUAUUUCAUUUCCACAGACAAAGCAGAUACCAGCAAUACCUGGACAAAGACUGAAGCACAAGAAAUCAGAAGGAAAUGAGAGGAGCAGAGUGGGAAAGUGAAAGCACACUGCACUAGAUUGCACUUUCUUUUCAGGUAACCUGGGAGCUUUACAUUCUUGAAAUGGGUUGGUUUUUUUUAUUCAAAUUUAAUUAUGGGUAGCCUUGAAAGAAUACAGUUGGCUUAGAUUUUAAAAGCUCAUCUUCCCUGGUACACCCCUCUCUGCACCACCUUGUAGAACAGCAGUAGUAACUCUUCACUGACACAGACCAAGACAUCCCAGCUGCCUGCUGAGCCUACAGGCAGCACAGCCCUGAGCUCAGACCCUGUCCCCCAGAUUGGUCUUCUGCUGCCUGAGCCCAGGAAAGAGCAUUCAGGAGCAGCAGAAGACUGCAGGAAUUAGGACUCCUCUGUGAGCUGGCUCCUAGUGAGAACAGCAGUGGCACAAGUGUGAGCUGCUUGGACAAAGGAGAUACCACAUGUGCCUGGCACCUGCACUAAUACCCUGCAGAUGAAGAUCAAAACUUAGGUGAAAGUUGAUGGGCAACAAUGACCAAAUUCAAGUGACAUCUUCUCUUAACCCCAGAGGUCAGCACAGAGCAGUCACAAGGAGUAAUUUCUUGUGAAACCUGUAGCAUUUGGCAAAUCUGCUUUGACCUCUCAGGGUCUGUCUUCCCUCUGUGUGUCUUGGACAAAGUUUGGAGUCACACCAAGAUGUCAUCUGGUUCUCAUUGGUUUCAUCCCAUCUGCAAACACUGUUCUCAUUCUGAAAAAAAAUCAAAUGGCUCUUUAUUUCCUUGCAGAGGAUGCCCUUCAGACCACGUAGCUGUUCAGAGCAAUCUCAGCCACAGAGGCAGUGUCUGAGGGACAAGGCUGUGCUUUGCCUCCCUGCAGAAGCAGCAUUGUACAACAAUGAAUCCAAAGGCUCUUUAGGCAGUUCCCAGCUCUGAUUGCAGCCAGAAUUACUGGUGGAAGACAGGAAUCCCACUAGAGCUCUCUGGGAGUGCCCUGUGCCAUGUUAGGUUACCCAGAAAUGCCCCUGUUGGUGUAGUGCUGCUGUCCCAGCACAGCUUCAGCCCUGGCCCUCAGUUUUAUCUCCUCCCCAGCUUUCUGUGGGUGAAAAUUUGAGUAUACUGUGACCAUUUACCCAUAUUUCAGUCAUGCCUUGCUGCUGAAAGGCUUCAGCAGCAGCGGAGGUCAUAUAGCCAGGCAUGUGGGCUCAGUAUAAACCUGAUUGCCUGUGUGGGAUGAAUUUAUGACUAUAUGGAAAUUAGCUGUAGCAAUGAGACAAUUCUCACAUUUUAGUAUUUUUCUAGCCUUUAACUUGAAAAAUAUUCAGUGGCAAAUCAUUGCAGUGAAUGUUCAGAGCUAAUCUCAACAAAAUCAUACUUUGCUGAUUGCUAGCCUAGCAAAUCUGUGGGUAUGGCUGCUGCUCUAAUUGGAUUACUAAUGUGCCUUUGCAAACCAACACACGUCUGCAGUGUUACAUUUAAAUAAUACAAUAAAUACUGUGUUACAUAAUAAACUCAAUUAGGAAAAAUUACUACUUGACUCACACAGAAUAACUAAUGAAGGGUGCAUUGCACAUUGUACAACCAGUAUGCAAUUUUGUUUUCUUUUGUUUUUUGGUGAAUAUGUCCAUAUUUGAGCUCAAAUUGUGCUUUCAUGAAUGCUAGGAAAAGAGAAGCACUGCAUUGGGGAAAAUAAAGGAAAGUAUGGACAAUUCCACUGAGUUUUGACACAAAGGCUAUGCAUGUUAGCAUAUACACAGUAAGUGGUUCAUUUUGCAUUAUAAAUGCAUUGUGUAGCAAUGGCACUGAGGAAAAGAAACUACUUUAGCUUACAUGGCCGCAGUCUGAAUGCAGCUACCAAUAAACACACAUACCUUUUUCCUUUCUCUCUUUGUUUGCUAAAUGGGUAACAUCCACCCUUUAAUUAAAUUAUCUCUUUAAACCCUCAAAAAGAAAAUGCAAUUGCCCUAUAUCAUGCAUAGGCAAAAAUGGGUCUAAGAUCAAAUCCAAACUUUGAAUUCUAAGGAUCCAGACUGGUGUAGUUUAGCUUUGAAGUGGGGCUGCAGAAGUGCAGCCUUCAAAUGUAAUGUUUCAUCCUUCCCUGCAAAAAAAAAAAAAAAAA